AUGACCAAAGCACUUGCCAAUCAACGGAACACAGCGAUUGUUUGCUUUAAAGAUUUGUUCCAAGAAGCAAAGGACAUCGCCGAGAAGACACAUUUUGAUAUUAGUAUUCCAAGAAUAUCACAAGUGCUGAAGAAUCGAACCAACCACGCAAUUAAAGACCCAGAGACAUACUUUAGAGUAUCAGUGUUCCUUCCCAUUCUAGACUCUGUAAUAGAAUACACAAAGUCUCGAUUUCCUGAAGAAACAUUGGAGUUGUACAAUCUUCACGUAUGCAUGCCUGACUACCUGAUAACCAACUCUGUUCAGGACAUGUCUGAAAAAAUUGAGUGUUUAGUAAGGAGGUAA